GUUUAAACCUCUCAACGAAAACAUAUUCAAAGUCCAAAACUAAGAAUAAAUUGGAUACCCGACGCCAACUGUCCCAUUCUUACUCCUAACCUUUUUAAUGGAUCACACCGUCUUCAUUUAUUACCUCCCCUCCCACCAUCAUUACACAGCUAACUCCUCCGAGGUCAAUUGUUUCCGCUCUCUCUCUGAGCUGUAGGAAGAAGAAGAAGAAAGAAGAAGUGAUGACGUCAUACCUGCUGCGCAAGCUCCAAUCGUUCCAGAACGGAACAUCCUCGUCGGCGGCGGAAACCGCCGGCGACGUUGUAAUAGAAGAAAUCCCUAAUUCCGACAAAACAGACGAGAUUGAGCGCAGCAAAGUUGGAAUCAUGAGGGCUGUCGUUCAGGCACAGGACCCCUCCGCUAAGGAUUUGGAUGAUCCGAUGAUGAGGAGAUUUCUCCGAGCUCGCGACCUAGACGUCGAAAAGGCGUCGGCUAUGCUGCUCAAGUACCUGAAAUGGAGGAAAGAAUGCGUGCCAAAUGGCGACAUUUCGCCGUCGGACAUUACAGCCGAUCUUGGACACAACAAGCUGUUUAUGCAAGGCCAUGACAAGACCGGCCGCCCAAUUGUAGUAGUUUUCGCUGCCCGGCACAAGCCUACAAAUGUCGAGGAUUUCAAACGCUAUGUCACUUUCUCCCUCGACAAGAUUUCCGCUAGGAUGCCGAGCGGUCAGGAGAAGUUCACAGCCAUAGCAGACCUGGAAGGGUGGGGCUACGCCAACAGCGACAUCCGCGGCUAUCUUGCAUCUCUAACCAUUCUGCAAGACUACUACCCAGAAAGGCUGGGGAAGUUCUUCAUCAUCCAUGUCCCUUACAUAUUCAUGACAGCCUGGAAGAUGAUCUAUCCCUUCAUAGACAAAAACACUAAGAAAAAGAUCAUUUUUGUCGAAGACAAGAAGCUGCAGUUGACGUUGCUUCAAGACAUCGACGAAAGCCAGCUUCCGGACACUUUCGGAGGGAAACUAAAAUUAGUGCCCAUACAAGACUGCUGAAGUUCAGCAAACAAAGCUACUCUACCAUUCAUAUUGUAGGGACACAUAAUAUACAGCAACUACAUUUCAAACAAGAGCCUGUAAUCGAAAUCUCGAAACAGCAGCAUAGGCAUAUAUGACUUAAUCAUAUGUUUCUCGAUUCUAAAGCAUAUAUUAUCCCCAUUCUACGCUAACAAGCAUCUUUAUAUCUAACGGCGAAAAUUUUCUAACAAGUGUAGUAUAAAGCAAAUCGAGUAUUUAUUCCUAUUCUUAGUACAAACUUGGCCAAAGGACCAAGAAACAACUAGCCAGCAGAAUUAUUUAGAAUCGUAAGAGUACCUUCGACUGCUGGAACAUUUGGAUCGGAGAGAGAAUAAAACCUUUUGACGAAUGAAAAUAACAAUUACAAGAGUAUAAAAAUGAGAAAUCUCCAUAGUUCUGGUUCUGCCAGGAUAGGGGGUAAAGCACAUCCCUUAUAUAUAUUAUCACGCUUAACCGAUCAGUAACUUGU